CGUGCAGCCUGCGGACCAAUCGCGACAGUCCUCAAUGCAACGAGGGACCGCGGUUCAGUGGGAGAUGGCGCCCAGCUCGAAAUCCGAAAAGGACGAAAGCAAACAGAAAGCUCAAAGGAAACACAGAGACCAUGUCGUGAAGCUUCUCAUGCGCGGGAAGCUGUCAGGACAGUUUUCUCAGCGUCUGUUCAGGAAGCUGCCACCCCGAGUAUGUGUCCCAUUGAAGAACAUUGUCAGCGAGGAGUUCCUGAGAGCAGGACAUAUCUUUCUUGGCUUCACCAAAUGCGGCCGCUACGUUCUGUCCUACACCAGUGACUGUGGGGAAGAUGAUGAUUUCUCUUUCUAUACCUACCAUCUCUAUUGGUGGGAGUUCAACCUGCACAGUAGACUCAAACAGGUCCACCAUGUGCGUCUGUUUGCAGGAGAGGAAAUCUACAGCGACCUGUACCUGACUGUGUGUGAGUGGCCAAACGACCACUCCAAAAUUGUCAUCUUUGGCUUCAACACACGCAGUUCAAGCUCCGUUCUGAUGAACUUAAUGAUGAGUGAUGAAAACAACAGAGACAUCUACAUCACCAUCGCCUCCAUGCCUCCUCCUAAACCUUGCUCUCACUGCUGCCCAGUUCCCUCAGCCACCACCAUACGCACAGGAAGUGGUGAGUGUCUGGAGCAUGGCUACGUGCUCAACAGCAGGUACCAGGUGGUGUACCCGUUCCCCACUUUUCAGCCUGCUUUCCAGCUGAAGAAGGACCAGGUCAUCCUGUUAAACACUAGCUACUCUCUGGUGGCCUGCGGCAUCUCACUCUGCCCAGGUAAACAGGGUCAGUCAUCGCAAAUCCUUUACACAAAGAGAGCAACUCUGUCAAGUCAAUCCUCCAUGUCCGUUUCCUCCACCUCCUUGGCCUCUUCUUCCUCGCUACCUCAGGGAUCACCCGAAAGCCGACCGCCUCCUAGCAGACCCGCUCCAAUUCCCUCAUCUCCUAGCCAGUCACAAGCAGCCGUGCGAGCCAGGGAGUUUGCAGCUGACCUCUUCAGGCGGGCCCAGGGAGCAGGUGGAGGAGGAGGAGCAGGAGGAGGAGGAGGAGGAGUGAAAGAGAAAGAGAAUGAAGGCCAGGCAGAAAGGAGAACAGUUGAUGGUGGUGAGAAAGAGGCAGUGCAGAUACCAGGAGACAAAGGGAUAAAUGGAGAGAGGAGGAGAGAGGAGGAGAGACGGACUAGUUUGCCACAAGCGUCAACAUCAGGUGGGAGCCACAGUUUGCCACAGUGCUCUGAACAAGUGAUGUCUCCUGCCUCCUCUUCCUCAUCACCGUCAUCUCCUCCGACCCCGUCCUCAUCCCAGGAGGCUGGCCCAGGCGAGCCUGGAUAUGUCAACUACUCACGCCUGCACUACUGCCUCCAACAGCCAGGGGAAGCAGAGCAGAAUACAGGAGGUUAUGAAGAUGAUAAAGUUCAGCUACCUUUCACAGUCACUGACCUUAAAGGACGGAACCUGCAGCUGGUCACUGGGCCACACGAUGGACAGAGUGUGUGUGUGGAGCAACUUACCCUAGACUUUGAGUACCUUAUCAAUGAGGUGAUCAGGAGCGAUGCUGCCUGGGCCCCCCAGUUCUGCUCCUUCAGCGACUAUGAUGUUGUGAUAUUAGAGGUGUGUCCUGAAACCAACACUGUGAUGAUCAACAUUGGCCUGCUGUUACUGGCCUUCUCCAAUUCAGACGAGGAGCACUGCAGGCCAAACACGUACCAUUCCAACCUGCAGGUCAGCUGGGACCUAAACACGGGUGUGUGUUGCACUGUGGGUGUUGGUGACCUUACAGAGGUCAAGGGUCAGACCAGUGGGAGUGUGUGGAGUUCUUACAGGAAGUCCUGUGUGAACACUGUGAUGAAGUGGUUGGUUCCCGAGAGCAGCACCCGCUACAUUAAUCGCAUGACCAAUGAAGCUCUACACAAAGGCUCGUCCCUGCAAGUGUUGGCAGAUAGUGACCGAUGUACCUGGAUUGUAUUGUGAAGAAAGGAGAGGGCCACAAGUGUCAAAGCAACGGAAGGAAAAGCACACGGCAACACGGCCUCGUCAUCAGUAUGAAGCUCAACCUUAAUCUCAGCAAAACUGCACACGUUCAGUGACUGCGCUACAUGUAGUUCAAACGUGUCAAAUAGAAACGAACAAAGAAUGCCCUAGAUUAAAUAUAAAGAUGAUGGUUUUUAAGGUGGUCUGUGUUUAAUUUUACAGGUUUCCUCCUCUUUUUUUUUGUAAUUGUGUACUGUAUCAUUGCAACCACCAAAACCGAGAGCUGGACUGAACGAAGAUUUAGUUUUUACAUUUUUGUUUUUAUACAUAAAGGCGUACUGUUAUUGUUGUGCGAGUGUUCCUUAUGUGUGUCUGUAACUGAACGUAUGCAAUAUCUGCACCUGUGUGAUGUUCACAAGGGGAUUUCAACCAGAGAACAAGUGUGUGAAUGUAUGAGUGUGUGCAUGUUUAGUGUAACAUUUGACAGAUUCUGCUGCUUCUGAACACGUAGUUUCCUCACCUGGCCUGGGCCCGUUCAGUCUAGCAGUGUUGAUUUAUAAGGCUGCAGUAUUUAAAAUGAGACAAAUUGAACCCAGUACUGCAUCACUUGACUCUUCACAUUGUUUUUUAAACUUGUGUCAUGGAAGUAGAGGGUUGUUUGAGUCACCUGCUCAGCUGGUUGACAUCACACUGUAUGUUUACUGGCUUGGAAGUGACACUUACGUUCUAUUGGGAUAUUUUGUUAAAAUAAAAUGUUCAAAAGUU